GUACCAUUUACCUCCCCAAUCCGACAUAACUGGUGAGCUCUCCAGGUGAUACACAAGCUAAGGAGAGGUUUCUAAAUCCAGUUCGUCACUGGACUUGUUAAUGAGGCUUGCAGGUAUCUGAGAAAAGCUCCUCACCGAUCUGCCAGCCAGCUACUCUGACUGCUUCACAAUUUGGCUGCUCAACCACGUGUUUCAGCAAGAAGAAAGGAGGAAGGGGAAGAACAUGGGAAGGACUGCUGGAACAUAUACCUGCCUUGUGCUGCUUGUUUUAGGUUUCAUUUGUCUCACUUCCUAUUUAAGGUAUUUAACAAGCAUUUCCUUUAUGAAGAAUCUGCCAAUGGCCAUUGAAGGAACACCAAUACUAAUCACCAAUUUGGAUUCCACUCUUGACUUUGGUGCCAGACCAGCAGUUCAGACGCUCACUUCCUGGCAUGCUCCUAUCAUCUGGGAGUUAAUGUUUGACCCCAAACUUUAUGACAAAAAGCACCAAGAAGGAAAUACAACCGUGGCACUCACUGUGUUUGCCGUAGGAAGGUACCUCGAUGCCUAUCUCAACACUUUCCUAACAUCAGCAGAAAAGCAUUUUAUGAUUGGAUUACCGGUGACAUAUUACGUGUUUACAGAUUUACCAGAGAAGGUGCCGAAAUUUGAACUUGCUCCUCAGCGAGACCUGAAAGUUGUCAAGGUGCAAAAGAAUAGCAGAUGGCAGGACAUCUCCAUGAUGCGAAUGAAGACCAUAUCAGAAGUGAUAGAAACGGAACUCGAAGGAAAGUUCAGUUAUCUCUUCUGCUUUGAUGUUGAUCAAGAGUUUAAGGGGAGAUUUGGUUCAGAAGCCCUCGGGGAGUCUGUGGCUUUGCUCCAUGCCCAUUUUUACAAACUUCCAAAGGAGAGGUUCACCUAUGACAAACAACCCAAAUCUAAAGCUUACAUGAAGGAGGGAGAUUACUACUACCAUGCUGCUAUCUUCGGAGGAUCGUUGGAAAAAGUGAAGGCUUUGGCAGACUUUUGUCAUGUGAGCAUCAUGGAGGAUAAAAUGAAUGAAGUGGAGGCUCUGUGGCAUGAUGAGAGUCAUCUAAACAAGUACUUCUGGCUUUAUAAACCAAGCCGCCUCCUCUCACCUGAGUACUGCUGGGACCCCAUUAUUGGUGACAAGAGUGAUAUUAUGGUCACUCGCCUAAUAUGGGAACUAAAACAAUAUAACAUGGUUCGUACUCGGUAGUGUGGCCACAAUCAAAAAGACUUCAGAGACUGGGAUGAAUUUGUGUGGGAUGAAUUUUCUGGGAUGAAUUUGAACAAAAGUGUGAAUAUGUUUACUGUCUUGACAGAAGGCCUAAACAAAAAACUUUUUUGAGAAGUGAACUCAGGUACAAAGGUUUUUUUUUCUAACAAAUAUUUCUUUAUGCAUCUAAGAAUAGCAUUAAAAGGAAAAAUCAGUCUUUCCAUUUAUAGCCGGACAGCUGUGAAGCCCAAUAAUGAAGCUGAACUGUCUGAGGAUCACUGGGAUGCCUGGUAAUUUAAAAAAAAUGUAUACAUUUGCAAGUGAAGAUCAAGUCUGGAUUGAAAUCAGUUCAUCAUGUACAUGUAGCUUCACUGCUUUCUAUGACACUGUGAUUGAAUAGAAAGCUUUGUGCCCCCUUAAGAAUCACAGAUAAUUGUUUAUUAAUUUCACCAAAUACCAAAUAAAAUUCUAAAAUUGAUCCCCAACAGCUCUUUAUUAAUGCUGCCAUGGUAACCGUCAGUAUGGUCACCUAAAACAGUUGGCCACUCAUACUUAAUGUGAACUAAUCCAUACAAGAAUUUAUAGUAGAGCUGUAACUUUGGGGUGUGUUUGCUUAUGAAUUUGUGUUGAUAAGCAAUGCUGUUAACUUUUUUUUUUGAGAAAACCAGUCUGUGUAGUUUCUCAUGUGUG